AUGCGCGCCCAAAGUACCAUCCUAAUCGGUCUCACCCUUCUAGGGGCGGCCGUAGCGCACCCCGGAGGUGCUCAUGACGAACUCAAGAUGAUGCGUGAUUUCCGUGCUACCCAGCAAGUCCGCGACCUCUCACACUGUACCGACAAGCUCAAGGCCCGCGGUGUCGAGGCCCGCAACGUCGCCCGACGAUGGGAUACGGUCAAUAAGGCGCGCGUCAAGCGAAACCUUCACAAGAAGGAUCUCGACAGCGUCCUCGCAACCAACCACAACGAGACAGCUCUUGGCUACACGACCUCGACCGACCCCGCCGUGCUGUUCGCUUCCAACAGCUCCUGCCUCCUAACGCCAGAUCUCACCCAAGGGCCAUACUAUAUCUCGGGCGAACAGAUUCGGCGCGACGUCCGCGAAGACCAACACGGCAUCGACACGGUAGUCGAGUACCAGAUCAUCGAUGUUGACACGUGCGAACCUGUGCCUCAGGUGUUCCUGGAGCUCUGGCACUGCAACGCCACGGGUGUCUAUUCGGGUGUCGUUGCCGAUGGCAAUGGCGUCGGUUGGCAGGAUCAGGGCAACAUCAACAAGACUUUCCUCCGCGGUUUGCAGCAGACGGAUGCUGAUGGCGUGGCGCAGUUUGAAACCAUCUUCGCCGGUCAUUACAGCGGCCGCGCAACGCAUCUACACGUCCUGAUCCACACCGACGUCAAGGUCAACAAGUGCAACAACACCCUCAUAGGCUCGGCCACUCCCGACACCGAUAUACCUGCGCGACAUGUCGGCCAGUCCUACUUUGAUCAGGACUUGAUCAACCUGGUCGACACCAUAGAGCCAUACUCUACCAACACCCAGGAGUUAGUUGAGAAUGCCGACGACGUUAUCUUGCCCGAGGCCGUUGCCAAUGGUGCCGAUCCUUUUUUUGAGUACGCCUUCCUCGGUUCAGAUGUGACCGACGGCUUGUUUGCAUGGAUUUCCUUGGGCAUCAAUAUGAGCGAGAGUGUGUCUGUUACUCCAGCCGUGCAUCUGACGGCCCAAGGCGGUGUCAACACCACCGACUUUAGCCAAGAUGAUUAUAUUGGAGCUCCUACCAAGUAG